ACGAUCUUCGAAUAAUAGUAACGGUCCUCGCGAGAAAGCAUGGCUACCCUUGUUGAGACGCCACUGAGUAGACAUGAAAAGAGCCUCGGUUUGCUCACUACGAAAUUCGUUGGUCUACUUCAAGAAGCACCAGAUGGAGUAUUAGAUCUUAAGCAAGCGGCUGACACAUUAGCAGUACGACAGAAGAGGAGAAUAUAUGACAUCACAAAUGUACUUGAAGGAAUUGGAUUAAUAGAGAAGAAAUCAAAGAACAGUAUUCAAUGGAAGGGCGGCGGACCGGGUAGCAACACGAAGGAAGCCACAGACCGGGUGGAGGAACUGAAAUUAGAGCUUGACCAGUUAGACCAAAUUGAGCAGGAGCUGGACCAGCAGAGGUCGAGGGUCCAACAGAGUAUCAGGAACGUGACAGAUGAUGUAGAGAAUAGCAGAUUAGCGUAUGUAACACAUGAAGAUUUAUGCAGAUGUUUCAAAGGCGACACAUUACUAGCAGUACAAGCCCCUUCAGGAACGCAGCUGGAAGUACCUGUACCUGAAAGGGGCCCAGACAAUCAGAAAAGAUACAUGGUUCACCUCAAGAGUUUUAACGGUCCUAUAUACGUGCUUCUAGUCAACAAGGACGAGACGAGCAAUAGUCCUGUGGUGGUUCCAGUACCGCCCCACAACCUCCAGCCUCCUGCACCUGCCCAGAGAAUCACCAGAGCUAGUCGGCUCGUGCCGGCAGAACCAAUAGCACAAGCCAUUUCUGCGCCGUCAGUAGUAGUACAGCAGCAGCAGCAGCAAGUGAGGCAACCCACACCACCUACAGUAGUGGCUACACCAACCCCAGUCUCUGUCAUUCCUGUUGCAGAACCUAUGCUUACUGAAACCAAGAUCAAGGAAGAGGUGACGGAAGAGAGCUUAAAUGGUGCUAGUCCAGAGAGUCUGAAAGAUCUUCAAACGGAUAUGCUGUUUGAUCCUUAUAAGGAAGGAAUGUAUACGGAUGACUUUGCAGAUCCUGAAACGUAUCCCUUAUUGCGAUUAUCACCUGCGCCUAACGAUCAAGACUAUUACUUCAAUCUUGAUGACAGUGAAGGUGCUGCAGACCUCUUUGAUCUCUUUUCCCAAUUAUAGGGAAAGCUCCAGCAAAGAAAUCAUUCCUUGUAAAUUUUUCUAUAUGUUCAUUUUUUUAUACUAGUAGUGGCCUUUUUUGAAGAACAAAUGAAAUGAAUGAAUUUGAUUUUUUUGUAUUGUUUCAUUUUCUUGUUUUGUAUUAUUCAUUGAUAAUGUGAUUCUUUAUCAAACUUUGGGUUAUGUAAUCACAGGCAACGUUGCAAAUCCUUGUUCUGAAAUUUAUGACGUAGAUUGAACUGUUUUCAAUGAACUGUGGAGCUACAAGCCAUAUAAUAUAUCUAUAUAUAUAUAUAUAUAUGAUUUAAAUAUACCUCCUUCUGUUUUCAUUUUUGAUUUGUUUUAUUACUGUAUUUAAUUUAACAAUGAGCUACGUGACAAGAGGUUUUUAAAAAUAUUUUUAUGAUUUUAUGAAUAAUCAUUGCCAUGAACUGAUAGGAAAAUAUUAUGAAUAUUAAAAAUCCAUUGUUUUCGCAUUCUUUCUAUGAUAGCAGUGAAAGAUAAUUGUGUUCACAUUAAUGAUAUUUUCUUAAUUUUGUAUUAAGUCUGUCCAUUGAAUAAGAUUUAUCCAAUUGGAAAGUGAACGAUGCCUUCUCUGCAUGCUAUAGCAUUGCUGCAUAAGGCUAUACCUCGGUAUUCCAGUACUCCCAAUCGAUGAAGUAGACUAAAAAAUUAGGCUGUUUUUUAGCCAUUGUAUCUGUUACAAUGAGCGAACAAUUAAUGUUACCCCAUAGCAUGAUUCUUGUGUGUUCAUGCUUGUUGCUCCGAAGCACAUUUGGUAAAGGCAUCUAGAUUUGCAACUGCCCUCAGAAAUGGAAAAUAUUUAAUCAGAAAUUACUGGGGAUUUUCAAAAAUGUUUAGCUCUCAUUUUAUAGCUAUUCUCCAUCCAGAAUAUUGUAAAACAUUUCACAAAUUCACAAAUUCCAAAGCAGCAAGUUGCCUCAGUAUAUAGGCUCUCUGGCUCUUUGGUUUACUGCACCAAUAGUUUUAGGUGCUGAAAGAAUCAAUGAUUAAGGAAUAGAAACCAAAUAUUUUGUAAGUUUUACAAAAAGAAUUGUCAUCAAUUCUAUUAUGAAGGUAGCAAUACAAGGCUGAAUGAGGAGCAGUUGAGUCUUUGUUCCCACUUUACCCUGUUUAUGCCAUUGUAUUCAUCUGUAAAAUUAAGAAAACGAAGCUGAUGAAAGAGUAGUUCAUGUUUGUUGUUAAGCCCGAUGCGAGAGUGAUUUUAUCCUUUCCUCAAUUUACAAUGUUGAUUUUGAAAUGCUGUAAAAUAAUGAACAUCAUUAUUCAAAGAAGAAAUGAGACAAAAAUUGAAUAAAUACAUGAAUAUGUUUUUGCUUAAGCAGGAUUCAGAAAUAACCUACACUCAGUACUUGAUAGCAUGCACUGCAAUGUUUUGAAGUUGUAAAUAGGAAUUGUGAAAAGUAAAGUGCAUGCAAAGAGUCCUCCGUUGGAUAAAUAUUCUUAAGGUCCCAUGAAGCUGCUCUCUCCCUUUGUAUUUGACAACAACCGUACCAUCUUCCAGACUUUGUAUGACAAUGCUGUUGCCUUGUUGCUUCACAUGAGUUUUAUAUGUAAAGUGAAUUAAAGUUAACAAAAUAGAAGCAGUUGUUAAUGGUAGGAAUAAAGUUAAAGUAAUGCAUGGUCUUUGAAGUUAGUUGGAUGAAUGGUUCUACAUGUUUUAGUAAUUUCUCAAUGGUUCUCGCGAAUUUGCUCACUCUCUCUCCCCGUAGUCCUAGCCAUUUUGUUGAUGCCACUUAUGUUAGACUCCAGUCAGAAUAAGAUCUUAUCACUACUAAUACCUAUGCUCUAUUUAAUUCAUAAUGUAUGUUGUGUCUUGUAGAAAUUGAACCCUGCUUCUCAUCAAAGGAAGACUUGCCCAUCAAUUUUUGGAAAAUAUAUUUAUUACCCUGUUAACAUUUGUAUAAAAACCCUAAUAUGAAAAUACAUGUAUAUAUGAAAUUCUACGUAGAAUUAUGAUUCCGCUUCUCCGUUUUUCUCUUUCCUACGUGUAUUUGUUUUGAUGUGAGAGCAUUUGUUUAUCAACUUUUGCAUAGAUCCUCAAAUUUUAAACAACUUUUGGGCAGUUGAAUGUGCCCUGAGGUGUAAUGUUUAUUUAGCCAUUUCUUUCAUCCAUAAAUGACAAAUCUCUUUAAGGCAGGGUGUUCUACUGACUUUACUUCAGAUUGUACAUAUACUGCCAUCUGCUGCUCACAAAAUGGUCCUGAUAUGUCAACACCCAUGUCCCACCAUGCAUCACCAACUGCGUGACGCAGGUACGAUGUUUCUUGGGUACAGGAACCGGAGAUCUCUCUAUGUACGCCUUCACCAAAAUGAUGGCGAAAUCAAAAAUACAUUGCAGCGCUGGUAAAACUACAUUGGUAAAAAUACCCUGCCUUUAAUAUGAGUAUUUGCUAUUGGUAAUGAUACUUAUAAGAACCACCGCAUCGUUCAUAGGAAGGGGUUUUCCAUUUCUUAUGGUAAAGGGCACAUUUCAGAGAAUUGCUUUGUGUCCCUUCACCUGACUGGUUGGGCAAAACUGUAGUUUUUAUCUAAUAUUUGAUUCCAUGAAGUUCACUAAGAUGAAAUAAGUGAGUUAUUAAGGGCUUCAAGUAAUUAAAUAGAAAUGUCAUUAAGCACAUUAUAUUUUGAUCAUAGAAUUUACAAUUAAAUAAAAUUGAUAAAUAAAACUUCAUAGGGAACUAUAUUGGAAAGAAUGCCUUGGAACAUGCCAUUUUAAAGGCUGUGGAAUGUAUUCUAAGUUUGUUGUUGUUUAAUUCAGUCACCCAUUUCAGUUAUCAGCAGAUUGUCGACACUUAUCUUUAAAUUUUUAAGAGCAUUCUGUUAAAUGAUCAGCCGCUCAAUGAAUGUUUUAACAUUUCUUUUUAUUCAAUAUCUACCCUGUGUUGACUAUUCAUAAAGAGCAGCAACAUUUGAUAGUUUUAUAGCCAGUGUUUAGUUGAGUGAGUUGGGGGGGGGGGGGGGGGGAAGGGGGCAAAUAAUUGUGAUAUUCAGGAAACUAUUUCUUACACAAAAUGGAAAAAAGGGAUAUUGUUACUUUGUAUGCUCUUAUGACUCAUAGGAGAGAAAAAGUAUUGAAAUUCAUAGAGCACUUGAUUCAUCUUGAUGGACACAAGCUGUUUUUUGUCUGUCAAAUGUUAUGGAAAACACUUGUCAUUACUCUUACCACACGGUGUGAUACUGAUGCAUAUUCAUAUUAUUUUUAUUUACUUAUUCAUCCUCUCGGUUUAAUUUGCUCUGUAUAAUUUUCUCCAUUCUUUGCAUGCUACCAAUGUCGAAGCAAUAACACAGAUUGUUAAAUGGAACUGUCAUUUUGUCUGUUGAAAGCCAGAAGGGCAUUCACUCAUAUCAUGUAAUACAGAGUUAACGUCCUUCUGUCUCUGAACAGACAAUUUACAAGUGGCACUUCAUAAGAAGGGUCUAAAAAAUGUUAAACCUUGUUUUGCUGUGGUUAUUAUUGAUAUUUUGUCUACAUUUGAAAGAAACAAUAUAUCUGUUCUGAGCCAGAAGGAUGUUAACUCUGUAUUAGAGGAUAUGAGUUUGAAAUGCCUUUCAGGCUCCACAUACAUAAAUGCAUGUAAGGCUAAUGAGAAACCCACAUGCUUGGGGGAAUCCGACGGGGGAAUUCCCCAACUCCAACUAAGUAGGUUCAUGCUCCAAUCCACUUAAGAAAAUCCUUGUUAUUGUAAACACCACCCUUACAUUAGAUUAUUCCUAAGAUUCCAAGUUUAGCCAUUUUCUAUUUAGGUCAAAGCCAAAACCAACAUCCUUGCAUCCAGCUAUUGCAUCUUUACUUCACUUCGGAACUACCUCAUUAAUCCAAAACCAUUGACCAGUAAUCAUUUAAAACCAAAUAAUAUUUCUAAAGAGAACAGAGUGUAACAUUUUAAAUGUAACCAUCCUAAUUAUUUGAAGUAAUAGAUGGAGUUUGUAUGGCUUAAUUAUGCUCAACAAACCCAGGAAAAUAGCAUCGUGUUUUGUUUGUCAGAAUAUUUACCGGUACCUCAAACAAUUUUUUUUUUGUUACAACUGUUGUAGGAUCUAUAUUUUUAUGUUUGAUGUGUCCUGUCUCGAACCUAUUAUUUUUUCUAUCAAUUGUCUUGAUAGAUAAUGUUUGUUGUACAUUUUUUCCUUGUCAAUACAACGUUUGUCAGCUCUCUUCUUGUAUAUCCUUCACUUUGUACACAGUUCUUCCAAAGGGUUGAGAAGUUGAGUGAAUGAACACAGUGUUGUGUCAAUAAUGAAAUUAAAAAAUGCUUGAAAAAUGAAAA